AUGAUAAUUCCAAUAUUUAUAUUAUAUAUUUGUUCUUAUUUAUCAAACCAACCAACACCCGAGAAUGAACAUUUAACGAAUUUUGAGGUGGCAAAAAUAUUAGAAUUGGAUAAUUAUACUAUUGAAAAUAAUGUUGUUGGACUUAGAGCAAGGACCAACGACCUAUCAAUUUUUACUGCAAAUUAUGCUUCAGCAUUAACUAUACUUAAUUAUAUUAUAAUUAUUUUUUGUGGUAUAAGUAUUCAAAUACGUGUUUAUCGUCAUUGUAAGGGUGUAGAAAUGACUCAAUUACGUAAUAUGAACAAGCAAUUAAGCAUUGUUUUGGGGACACAGGUAUCGAAUAGAGUUGUCGGUCUUAUUGCAGUUCCAAAUAGACUGAACAGGAACUUAAAUUUUUCUAAAUUAUGUAUUCAAAAAUUCGGUGACAGAAAAGGCUUGACAAUACAUUUCUCGUAUGCCACUAUAGUUGAGACCAAAAAUAGAUGUACGAGUACACGCAAAUUUUUAAAUUUCUACAGCCGAUCCCACAGAAAUCGAUAA